AUCCGCCUCCAAACAAAACGAAGAAGAAGGGUGUGGAGGAGCGAGUCAACUUGUACUACGGAAUUCCCAUCCAACUUCAAAGUGCUGCAGUCCACUAUGGACGGGGAGCCCCUCUCAGCCUUGUGUACUCCUGCUCUGGUGGUCGAUGUGGACAAAGUGAAGAAAAAUGCCCAGAAGAUGAUUGAACGAUGUGAGAAUUUGGGAGUUCAGCUUCGCCCCCACAUGAAGACCCACAAAACCAUUGAGUGUGCUGACAUAAUGACAGGGGGUUCGCGACGGUGCAUUGUGGUUUCCACCCUGGCAGAGGCUUGUUUCUAUGCUGACCAUGGAUUUGAUGACAUCCUUUAUGCGUAUUCUCUUCCCUUUGAUAAGGUGGAGCGUUGUGCCAUUUUGUCAGAGAGGCUGGAGCUCUUUCAAGUUUUAUUGGACCAUACUGAUGCGCUGGAGCAACUCAAAAAGCGACCACUGAGAGACGGGCGACCGUGGCAUGUCUGGUUGAAACUGGACUGUGGCAAUGGGCGAGCUGGCAUCUUGCAUUCGGAACCCGAGGCACUCAGACUGGCUCAGGCCAUUGCGAAGAUGACAGGUGUUAAGCUAACAGGAGUGUACGCUCACUGUGGGAACACCUACAACUGCAGUGGAGUCCAGGAAAUCCAGGCUGUUGCGAAGGAAACCACCAUCUUUACUCUGCAGUUCAUGGAAAAGUUAAAGGCUGUUGGCAUCACCUGCAAGUCCAGCAUUGGCUCCACGCCUUCCUGCAGUCACCCAGUCCAAGAGAUGGCACAGCUUAGCGAGGUGCAUCCAGGAAACUACGUCUUCAAUGAUGUGCAGCAAUCUCUCAUUGGCUCAUGCGCCGUGGACGAUGUGGCUGUGCGGGUUUUGACGAGAGUCAUAGGUCACAGUCCUCACAGGAACCAGCUACUGAUUGAUUGUGGAUGGACUGGGUUAAGUUUGGAUGGGGCUGGGAAACUUCCGACAGGAUACGCUGUGAUCGAAGGGCAUCCAAAGCUCAAGCUUUUGUCCAUGACUCAGGAGCAUGGAAGAGUGGAGCCCAUCUCGGGAAAGCUGGAUUACAGAAUGUACCCUCUGGGCUCUCUGCUCACACUGAUUCCAUACCACGCUUGUGCAACAGUAAUGAUGCAUCCUGUGUAUCAUGUGCACUCAGAGGGCAUUCUUGUGGGCAAGUGGACACCAACGCGUGGAUGGUGACUAGAUGUAAAUAACAGACACCUGGAAACGUUUGCCUGCGCUAUAAUUCAUUAUUCAGCAAGCAAAUACACUUAUUAGUAAUUCAAGUCAUUCAGACUGGAUUUUGAACAGAUUUUGUGUCAGUAUCAUCAUUUUACAUCGACAUAUUGCAGUAUGUUUUUGUUGGUAUGUAAAAUGCAAUUACAGGCUGCUAUCAACCACAGUGUUUUAAAUAUUUUAUCAUAUCCUACGUGGGUAUCAAUUAUAUUGGAUAUACAGUAGGGGUACUUGACCUCAACAAAUAUAAAAUAAAUGAUUA